AUGCAUAAAGAUAUACUAACGUUAUUCAAGCGAUUGCAAAUCGCAUUGCAUCAAGGUGGAUUGGAAAAUGAUUAUUUAAAACCUAAGCAAAUUAUUUGUUUGCAAAGUCUUUUCCUACAUAUUGACGUAGUGGCAGUCCUUCCCACUGGCUAUGAAAAAUCAAUGAUAUUUCAGCUUCUCCCUUCCUUCCUACCCAAAAAGACGAGUAGAAAUAUAGUUAUUGUGGUUUCUCCCUUGUCUUCGAUAAUUGAAGGUCAAAUAAAAAUAUUGAGAAAUCGUGGCAUUGUUGUCAAUGUCUUUUCAACACAUUGUCAUAAAGAGGAGGAGGUUGACUUGUUUAAUAAUGAUAUUGAUAAAAAUGAACCAAAUUACUGGGGUGUUUCUGUGGAUGUGUGGUCUGGAGCUUUGGAUAUUUUAUUUACCCAUCCAGAAGACAUAUUAAGUGAAUCUGGCAGAAAAUUGAUGAAUUCUGAUAUUUUUCAAAAAAAUGUGGUUGCAUAUGUGGUUGAUGAAGCACACUGUAUAGAAGGAUGCAACAUAAACUGAUUUGCAAUCUGUCCUUAUCAUGUGUGCCACUGCAGUUGGAUCUGAUGUAUCUAUCGCAUUACGUAAAGAUUCUGUUUGUUUUUUUGACAAAGGAGAUGAUAGUAAGCUGUCUGUCAAA